CAGGCAGAGACUCCUUAGUCGAGGUGCAUUGAGAAGAUCUCGACCAGACUCCACUUCGGUCCAUUACCAAGAGUCAGCAUGCAGUUGCUGGGAAUGGCAAGCCUCCUGUCUGUGCUGCUUGUGGCAUCAAGUGUAAAGGCAGCAGCACCUCUGGAAGACAGGCUGAGUCUUCGGUUGAAUCAGGAUCUGAACAAGGAGAGGAACGAGGUUAUCGUGAAGCUCUUAUCCGGACUGCUAGACUCCGGCAGCAAUCAGAUGGGGAUUGAGAGCACCUUCCCGAACCCCGAGGACAUGGAGGAGGAGAAACUGGAGCAGAGGUCCAUCGUCACUAAGUUGCCCAAGAGAAAUCACAAAACCGCCUGCAAGAGUUUCUUUUGGAAGACCUUUACCAACUGCUGACGCCGCCGCCGCAUUAAAACUCCCCUCAAUGGAAUUGAUUUAGCGCUUUAGGUUUUAUUCGCCUGUGGGGUAAAAACAAUUUUUAUUUUGCACAAAAAAAGCAUGAUUGUGCAAUUUUCAAAUGAUGCCUCAGUAUUCAUCUAGUUUGAGAAAUAAAGUGAAUCCAAGCUA